AUGUGCAAGUGCAAAUGCGCCCUCGGAUGGCUCCAAUGUGCCAAGUGUGGCAGGUCCUCUUGGCAGGUGGCCGUCUGCUGCGAUGAGGCAAGCCAAAGGGCGACGCUCUGUGCCGAUCACCGACGAGUCCCCAUACCGGGCGAGAAGUGUUUCCACUGCCUCGUUGCCCAAGUCAGCAGCGCUAGCGAUGCAGGUAUCUACCUGGGGCUGAAGAGUCGGGCCACUCAGGUAGCCAGAUCAGGCAUGUCCAACCUGAAGAGGCACAUCUACAUCCACAGGACAAAAGUCCAAGCACUCGAGUGCGGGGGCAGAAAGCAGCACACUCAAGGGCGGAACACUCGAGUUCCCGACCGAGGCGUUUUGACACGACCUGUGCCGAGCCCAGAGACCAAGUUUGCGAGCUGCGAGGGGUCGAGGAAUCGUUUCGCCAUGGCUGGACGACAGCCGCAGAAGCAAGUCGACGUGGAGCUUGUGUCCAUAGCGUACGCUGACACGCGACCGGCCGGGUGGGCCACACUCGGCCACCGAAUUUCAGAAAAGUCGGUGUCACCGUCAGGCCGAGGAAGGGGAUGGAUUCCGAGGCCGAGGAGAAGGAAUGGUGCUAGAAAAGACCGAGGACGAUCACCGGCAGGGCUUCAAGGAAGCUCUGCUCGACGGCCGCCUCAGAGACGGCAGCCUCAGAUGGUGAAUUAUCCGUCAACCUUCUCCUACGUAGUCGUGGUGGCGGAUCAUCAUCAUCCACCCGGUUCUUCCUCGACGGAGCCAGAGUCGAAUCAGUAUCCCGCCACGAGGCAGAUGGAGCGAGCGGCCGGAUCACGGCAGGCCAUGAGGGCAGGGCACGCAUGGACAAAGGGUACAUCUGAGGAGCGGUGCCCCCCUAUCCCAGAGCGGUCACCGUUGAGACCGAUGAUCGAACGACAGGGUGGACACGAGCAUGGCGAACGCGGGCCGUCUCGGGGCCAAGAAGCCACGGCUGCCAUCAGACGCCUCGUCCGAUUUCAAAAGUUCAGUUAG